AGAGCGAAUGAGGAUAGCUGGAUGUACUAUGCCAAGCUGCCAAGUAAGUCCUGAUGUCAAUCGCUCAACACCCCCGCAUCAUUCUCACUCCACUUUCUCGAGCACAAAAAGCUGGGGAAAUGUGGGGAGGUCACUGUCUUCCAAUUGAGAUAGCGAUCUGUUUCCCAAGGCCGAGGUAAUAUGGCGAUUUCAAGUCGGCUAUCCUGGUUUCCUGUCGCCUCCAGCCUGGUGGCACGAAAGAUGGCGUCUAUAGCGCAUUUUUCAAUGGGUCUUCACCGUCCGGUGUUGUGCAACUAACGGGUGACACACUGAAGAGGUAAUUGUGUUCAAAAGUUUAACUGGGUACUGAAUAUGAGACAAACACACCAGACCGCCUCUAUAUAAUCCUAUAUCUGCGCGGUUGUCCUCUGUGCCCCUCUUCCUCUCGACACCCCACCACCCUUCCUUCUUUGCUCCCAGACCGCACUUGAGGAGCGAACAAUCAAUCAGUCAUGUCAUAUCCCAGCAGCGAAAAGGAUCCUGGUGCAGACACCAGGAUUGAAGAUAUCAAUCAACCUGCCCUGAAUGAUGUUGACUACGACGAAGAAUACACAUACGCAGAGCAGCGUAAGAUUAUCCACCGGGUGGAUAGACGCCUUGUCACCAUUACCGGGUUAGCAUAUUGUGUGUCCCUCAUGGACAGGACAAAUCUGAGCAUGGCUGCUGUCGCGGGCAUGACCAAGGACCUAGGCCUGACAAUUGGAACUCGAUAUUCCGUUAUGGUCCUCAUCUUCUUCGUUCCCUACGUGAUCUUCCAGCCGCCUAUGACAAUUAUAACACGGAAGGUAGGCCCUACCUACUUCUUGGGAACGAUCGUCAUUCUUUGGGGGGCAAUACUAGUUGGCAUGGGGUUCGCAAAGAAUUGGAAGCAUAUGGUCGCAACCCGUGCACUGCUGGGUAUACUUGAAGCAGGUUACUUUCCCGGUUGUGUAUAUCUGUUGUCUAGCUGGUACACUCGGUUUGACGUGCAAAAACGGUUCUCGGUAUUCUACUUGAUCGGCUGCGUGGCGUCGGCAUUGUCUGGUAUUCUAGCUUUUGGGCUGAUGCAGAUGGGCGGGCUUCAGGAUCUGGCGGGCUGGAGAUGGAUUUUUAUCAUGGAAGGCGUGAUUACAGGGGUGAUUGGCAUCCUGACCAUCAUCUUUCUAGUGGACUUCCCUGAUAAGGCGCACAAGUCUUGGAGGUUUCUUAGUGAGAAAGAGUGCGCGUUCAUCGUCCGCCGUAUCAACCGGGAUCGUUCCGAUGGAGACCAGGAGCCCUUCUCUCUUAAGCGCUUCCUGUCACCUGCCCUCGACCUGAAGAUCUGGGGUUUUGCAAUGAUAUUCUUCUGCACUACGACUGUCACGUAUGCCAUCGCAUACUUCCUUCCGAUCAUCCUUGAACGGGGUAUGGGGUUUAGUACCGCUGCCGCACAAUGUUUAAUUGCGCCACCCUAUGUGUUCGCCGGAAUGGUAAUGUACGCUACCGCCUGGAUUGGUGACAAAUAUCGUCUACGAGGAGCAAUCGUCAUCUUCAAUGCCUUACUCUGUCUCAUCGGACUUCCUAUUAUGGGCUUUGCGAAAGGCAAUGCUGCGCGGUACGUGGGCGUAUUCUUCUCCGUGGCCGGUGCCAACUCCAACAUCCCAGCUUGUAUGGCAUAUCAAGCGAACAACGUUCGUGGUCAAUGGACCCGUGCAUUAUCUAGUGCUACGUUGGUGGGUUUUGGUGGUAUCGGAGGAAUUGUGAGUAGCUUGGUGUUUAGGUCCCAAGAUGCACCUGGAUACCGACCGGGCAUGUGGACUACUAUUGCAAGCAAUAUCCUCAUUUUAAUAAUCGUGGCCUCUCUGAGCUUGUGGUUCCGCCGGUCAAACAGAGAAGCGGACCGUGGGGAGCGCGUCAUCGAGGGGUCUCCAGAGUUUCGGUAUACGAUAUAAUCUAGCGCAUAACACUGAUUAUUGUUUUUCCCUUUUCUCCUUUCUCUUCCGGUGGCUAUCUCCUUCGUUAUCAUUGUAUAUAUCUCAACGAGUGGUUUAUUUAGCCGAUGAUAAAUAUGCAGAGGUAUUGAGCAAUGUUGCGUUCGAGUACCGACAAUGUGCUUUGUUCUUUAUUUAGGGCCUCGAGGGAUAAACCUGGUCGCACAAAGUAGAUCGUUGUAAAACCCCGCAUAGCACAAAUAUCGAGAUGGCGGGUCCAGACCGUCCAUAUCGUGUACACUGUACACUGUAAUUUAACUAGUUACAGUCCCUCGUUAGUCAUAGCAUGUAUAAAUAGCCCGACUGUUGCUUCCGAGCUUGGACCACAUCGGAUCGGAAAGAACCUGUGGAGGGUCUCCUAUAUGACUCUUCCGGAGAAUCGAGCGCUGCUCAGAUUAGCAAUCAAAGCCGUAUCCAUAUUGUAUUGACAUGUUCAGGUCGAUUUAACGCAUUUCGAUUCAAAACUC